AUGGCCACCAACAACUUGUCCAACAUUUCCAGCGAUAUUCGAGAGCUAUCAGAAAGUGGCAAUUUCGGCGCUCUGAAAGAGAAAUUACAAAUUGCUAAGCCAACUUUAACAGAAGACCACUUCAACUUGGAUGCUCUCCUUGCAGACUUGGACGUUUCACGCCACAGUUAUGGAUACUUUUACCUUUUGCAUAUCAAAUUAAUGAAAAAUACUGCCUCCAUGAAUUGGGACUCUUUAUUUGUUCAAGGGAAGAAUUUCUUAACGCACUGUUGUAAAGAACAACUUCCUUAUUGUGACAUAUUGCUAGUUACUCAAUUUAUAGGACGAAUGGUGGAUAAGCUGAUCGAAAGGGGACAAGCCAUUCGAGGUAUUUUACCCUUAAUAGCAUUCAUUCGCAAAAUACAGAAUUCCCCUGAUGAACUGACACCAAUUCAUUGUAAUCUAGCAAAGUUGUGCCUUGCGGCGAAGUGUUUAAAGCCUGUUGUGCCAUUUCUAGACGUUGAUAUUACAAGUUUGCUGUCCAGCUUGGACCCUUUUGUAGAUACAGAACGAUUUUUACUGUACUUUUAUUACGGGGGCAUGGUAUAUGCGGCUAUCAAAAAGUGGGAACUCGCCCUAUUCUAUUUUGAAGUGGUAACUACCACCCCUUGUCAUGUAUUAAGCCGUAUCAUGAUUGAAGCGUAUAAAAAAUAUAUUUUAAUAAGUUUGCUCGUCCGUGGAAAGUAUGUGCCAUUGCCUUCUUAUACUUCACAUUUAGUUAACAAUAAUUUUAAGGCAAUGUUUAAAUCUUACCAUGAUUUUGCCAAUGCAUAUGCAAAGAACGAUGCACCAAAGGUGUUAGAGUCGCUCAAUAAAAACAGAGAAACCAUGAUAGAGGAUUCCAAUUAUGGUCUUGCAAAGCAAUGUAUUCAAUCUUUGACUAGAAGAAAUAUUUUACGACUAACAAAGACAUUCCUGACCUUAUCUCCGGCGGAUAUGGCCGAUCGGGUUCAUUUGGUAAACGCAAAUGAGGCUGAACUUCGUCUACUACGAAUGAUAGAGGAAAAAGAUAUUUUUGCGACGAUUAAUCAGCAAGAUGGUAUGAUCUCCUUCCAUGAUACUCCUCAAGACUUGGGAACAAGUGUAUCAAUGUUGAAAGAUUUAGAAGACAAUAUGGCAAAAUGUAUCAAUCUUGAUGAAAGAAUGCAGCUUAUGAAUCAUUCUUUAGCUGUCGAUAAAUCAUUUAUUCGAAAGACAAUGAGGAAUCACUCUGGAGGCCUUGAAGAAACGAGUUUUACCGACGGACACUUUAAUUAA